AUGAGGCCAGCUCAAGAAGAAUCUAAAAAGAAAAAAGCUAACUCUUUUAGCUCUAAGCCUAGUGACAGACUUCAAGUUAAAGCAGCUGAUCCUUUCAAGCCUAAAAAUAAGAGUAAAACGUAAAUAUUAUACAGAAAUCUUGGAUAUGUAUACUCUGCAGGUGGGAUUCCAUGCAGAAUCAAUCAUGGAUCUGUUUCUAUGAGUUUGUUAUGGUCAACUCCGCCUUCUCAGCUAAGCUAUGACCCUCUUUUGGUUACUCUUUUUGAAGGGCUCAUAGAAACUGAGCAUCCUUAUAUGUUUGUAUCUCGUCAAGGGACUAAAGAACUGUUGACAGCUGAGGGCGCUGUAGAAAAAACAAUACCUCUAAUUCCGAGAUUAGUAAUGCCUUUACGACAAGCUUUGACAAAUAGUGAUAAAGGCGCCGUCAGUUCAGCUUUAGAUACAUUAAAGUAAGUUCAAUAUAGGCUGCUUUCAGAACUGGUGGGUCCUUAUUUGAAUAAUCAUGUUCAUCUGUUUCUUCAGCAGCUAGGAAAGAAAAUGAAUGAGAGAAAUUAUAGGGAUAAAGUUUUAUAUGAUGUUGGAUUAAUUUAGCGUUAAAAUAUGGUAUAUUUAAAUUAUAAAAAAGUAAUGAUUUUUUAAUAAAAUUUAUUUUUGAUGUCUAAUUUGUAUAGAAAUGCUAUAGAAGUAUUAAUGACGCUAGAAGAGCAAGGAGGAGAAGAAAUUGUUCCUAUUAUCAAGUCAAAAAUCCCGACCUAUCAUACUUAA